AUGGUGGCACCUACCGCUGUGAAAAAAAGUGCUAACGGAUCAACUGCCUUUGGGCUCGAGUCUGAAGCAAGCUCGCGCAUUUUCGGCGGCGACGUAUCUCACAAAGUCCCCGAUGAAGAUGAUGACGAUGAGGUCCUGGUAGACGAUCAAAACAUGGACGAUGAGGAUGCCCAAGGAGAGGGAAAUAGUGAAAAGACGUCCAAGGCUUCGCAAGAAGUGGUUCUCGAUGAUCGUGGAAAGCCUCGGUUUCCAUCUGCUGCUCAGGCGGGAGAAACUAAGGUAAAACUCGAAUCCCGUAAAGUUACAGUCCCCCCACACCGCAUGACACCGCUCAGAAACAAUUGGACCAAGAUAUACCCGCCAUUGGUUGACCAUUUGAAACUACAGGUCCGUAUGAACCUAAAGACGAAAACGGUGGAACUCAGAACGCAUCCUAAACACACCACUGAUCCUGGCGCCUUGCAGAAGGGUGCAGAUUUCAUCAAAGCAUUCACCUUGGGCUUCGACCUUGACGACUCUAUUGCGCUUUUGAGGCUGGACGAUCUCUAUAUCGAGACGUUCGAAAUCAAGGAUGUGAAGACCCUCAACGGUGACCAUUUGUCUCGUGCUAUCGGCAGAAUUGCCGGAAAAGACGGAAAGACCAAAUUUGCCAUUGAGAACGCUACCCGUACUCGUAUCGUGCUUGCAGACUCUAAGAUCCAUAUCUUGGGUGGCUUCACUCACAUUCGCAUGGCCCGUGAGUCGGUCGUCAGCUUAAUUCUUGGUUCUCCUCCAGGCAAAGUUUACGGAAACCUGCGUACGGUUGCUUCGAGACUGAAGGAACGGUAUUAG